GGAUGUUUGUGAAAAUACUACGCUGGCCCGCGAAACAUCGAGACUCGAGAGCGUCAUACAAGCAUCUCGGUCUUGGCUUGCAUAGUUAUCAAAAGUCGACCCCUCACUUUUUGCCCUUUAGGUUCGCCGGGGCCAAUAUGAGAAAUUGGCGCGAUUGGCACGGCGAGGGAAGGAGAACGAAACCGUGUACAGAUCCGCCAACGAUGUCAGUAUAAGAGCGUCAGAUGCCAGUAUGCUCGUGCUCGUCUGAACAGCGGACGAUUGUCGGCGAAGUGACUGUGUUCAAUACAAAGUCAUCAUGAAGUUCACAGCUAUACUCGCGUUCAUCACCCCGGCCAUCGCCCUCGCCGGCAACGGUAAGAUAACGACGCCCCAAGACGAAAAGGUCAACUACGACGGCUACCAGGUAUAUCGUGUACCAACAACCAAUGCGCCACCAGGCCAACUCGUCCGCCUGCGCUCGUUCCCGUCCAUUGACCUCCAGGGCUCCGUCGAAGUCGCGAUCCCGCCCAGCGAGGUUGUACUACUCAAGUCUCUGGGACUGCUGGACGAUGCGCAGCGUCUAGACAACGACCUCGGGCGGGCGAUCAGGGCUGAGUCUGAGGCCGAAAAGAAGCCCGGCUUGACCAAGAGGGGCGAGCCGCCGGACCUGAGCUGGUUCGACUCGUACCACGCGUACGAUGACCACGUACAGUACUGGAGGGAUCUCCACGCUGCGUUUCCCGACAACUCGGAGUGGCUGGAUAUUGGUGCCUCGUAUGAAGGCCGCAAUAUAUUCGGGCUGCGGCUUUGGGGAGGCGAGGACACUGGGACCAAGCCCGUUGUCCUCUGGCAUAGCACCGUUCAUGCCAGGGAGUGGAUUACGACAAUGACUGUCGAGUACUUGACCUACCAACUCAUCGACGGGUACAAGUCUGGAGACCAAAACGUCACGGCCUUCUUCGACGCCUACGACUUUUACAUUGUGCCCUUUCACAACCCCGACGGCUUCGUGUACAGCCAGACCACAAACCGCCUCUGGCGCAAGAACCGCCAGCCGCGCUCCAACACGACCUGCAUCGGCACCGACGGCAACCGCAACUGGAAUUUCCAGUGGGACUACCCCCUCGAGGACGGCAGCGUCUCCGCCGACCCGUGCGGCGAGACGUUCCGCGGCGCCGCGCCGGGCGACACGCCCGAGAACGUCGCCCUCUCGGCCCUCUCGCGGAAGCUAGCCGCUGCUGCUACUAACUCUACAGGAGGCGGCGGCAUCAGACUCUUCAUCGACUGGCACAGCUACUCGCAGCUGAUCCUCCUCCCCUGGGGCUUCUCCUGCGAGCCCGACGUGCUUCCCCGGAACCUCCAGGCGCAGCGGGACGUUGGCGCGGGGUACGCCGCGACGAUUGCGGCGACGAGCGGGGAGACUUACGAGGUCGGCCCUUCGUGCGAGAUUCUGUACUAUUCUACGGGAUCCGCGAGGGAUUUCCACCAUGGGGCUUUGAAUGCGACGUAUUCGUGGAGCGUCGAGUUGCGGCCCAAGAGCGGUGGGAGCGGAGGGUCUGGUUUCAUUCUGGCGCCCGAGUUUAUUUUGCCUACGGCGAAGGAGCAUUGGGAGGGGAUCAAGUAUGUGCUGGGUGUCGUUGGUAAGUAAUGUGUAAGUGCCAUGGACGGAGCGCUGCUAGGUAGACUACGUACGGCAUGAUUUAGUAUGCUGGAGAAACACGCAUCGCAGGGACGUUAGACCAGUAUCGACUGCUA